AUGUAUUUAUCCGUUUUAAUAUCUACCUCUCAACUUCUAUCUAUCUAUCUAUCUAUCUAUCUAUCUAUCUAUCUAUCUAUCUCAUGUAGUUCUUUUUUCCUAUUGUAUUCAACAUCUUGUUUCCCUUUCUUUCUUUCUUUCUUUCUUUCUUUCUUUCUUUCUUAUUAUAUUCACCAUCUCGUUUCGUCUUUCUUUCUUUCUUUCCUAUUAUAUUCAACAUCUCGUUUCCCUUUUCUUUCUUUCAUUCUUCCUUUCUUUCUUUCAUUCUUUCUUUCUUAUUAUAUUCACCAUCUCGUUUCGUCUUUCUUUCUUUCUUUCCUAUUAUAUUCAACAUCUCGUUUCCCUUUUCUUUCUUUCAUUCUUCCUUUCUUUCUUUCAUUCUUUCUUUCAUUCUUUCUUUCUUAUUAUAUUCACCAUCUCGUUUCGUCUUUCUUUCUUUCUUAUUAUAUUCACCAUCUCGUUUCCUCUUUCUUUCUUUUUUUCUUAUUAUAUUCACCAUCUCAGUUUCCCUUUCUUUCUUUCGUAUUAUAUUCGCCUACACCCUGA